UCGUCACUCUCUUGACACACUCACAAACAUUUGGCUCAAAGUGAGAGAAAUGGGUUAUGUUCUAAAUAGAAGAGUAUCUUUCUCUCUUCUAACAGUGAUCAUUGUGAUGUUCUCUUCGUGUAAAGCUGAUUCAAAAUGUGAAUUCAAGGCAAUUUUUAAUUUCGGAGAUUCGAACUCUGACACUGGAGGAUUUUGGGCUGCUUUUCCGGCUCAAUCCGGUCCAUGGGGAAUGACUUAUUUCAAGAAACCGGUCGGUCGUGCUUCAGACGGCCGUCUCAUCAUUGAUUUUUUGGCGGAAUCUCUUGGGAUGCCUUUCCUAAGCCCAUAUUUGCAAUCAAUCGGAUCGGAUUUUCGACACGGUGCAAACUUUGCGACCUUAGCGUCGACGGUUCUUUUGCCAAACACGUCCUUGUUCGUCUCCGGGAUCAGUCCUUUCUCACUCGCUAUUCAGCUAAAUCAGAUGAAACAAUUUAAGGUUAGAGUCGACGAGUUCCAUUCCUCGGACCUACCAGGGUUGCAUAUCUUACCGCCUAGCAAUAUUUUCGGAAAAUCGCUUUAUACGUUUUAUAUCGGCCAAAACGAUUUCACAUCCAAUUUAGCUUCCAUUGGAGUGGAUGGUGUAAAACAGUAUCUUCCACAAGUCAUUGGCCAAAUUUCUGGAACCAUUAAGGAGAUAUAUGGAAUAGGUGGUCAGACAUUUUUGGUACUAAAUUUAGCACCGGUUGGAUGUUACCCGGCGAUACUAACCGGUUACACUCAUUCCAAUUCGGAUUUAGACAAAUUCGGAUGUCUCAUUCCAGUAAACAAAGCUGUCGAGUACUACAAUUCAUUAUUGAAAAAGACAUUAUCUGAGACAAGAACCGAAUUGAAAAACGCUACCAUUAUAUAUUUAGACACUCACAAAACACUGCUCGACCUUUUUCAACACCCCCUAUCCUAUGGUAUGAAACACGGUAUUAAAGCUUGUUGUGGGUACGGUGGACGUCCGUACAACUUCGAUCAGAAGUUAUUUUGCGGCACCACAAAAGUAAUCGGAAAUUCUUCUGUGACGGCCAAGGCUUGCCGUGAUCCACAAAACUAUGUGAGUUGGGACGGAAUUCACGCUACGGAGGCUGCAAACCACCGCAUUUUGACGGCCAUUCUUAAUGGCUCGAUAUCAUAUCCUCCUUUUGCGCUCAACCACAUAUGUCCGUCUGUUUAGCAAUCUUAUUCUUUUGUCUUAAUACUUUCACAUGCAAGUACUUUUGGGUUUAAAGCUAGUCUUAUAAUAAGGCAUGAACACUAUUUUAAAUCAAUAGUAUAUAAUGCAAUCUCCUAACAUC